AGUUUUAAUUCGUUUUAUCUGAAAAUUAGGCGCAAUCUUUUGUGGAAAAACAGAAUACAAAUUAAAUAGUACUCUAGUUAGUAGUAUCGAAAUAAAAUACCUGUACGUAACUUUGGGCUGAACUAUAUAACUUGUUAUCAUGAUGGACUCGUUAAGGUCAAGGAAAUGGACAGAUGGGCCUGAGCCCAGGACAAGUUCCCAAAUGACAGUCUCUGCUCUGCUUCUUCAACAGUCGAUCAAUUUCUGCGUGAAUUUUAGUAAGAAAACUGAAUUGGAAUGGCGAGUGAUUGGAGGAAAUCGGUGGGAAAUGUUAGAUCGUUUAUCGGAAACUUAACGGGAGGGUUAAGAGGCGGAAGCAAUUUGGCAUCUUGGGUUGUCGCCGGUACUUUAGCUUACUUUCUAUGGGUUAAGCCCUCUCAGGAACUCAAAAAACAGCAACAGGAAAAAGCGGCUUUGGCUGCUGCAUCUGAUGCUUAUCGUUAUGUUGAGAAGCGAAAACCUAUUCCUGAUCCACAGGAAACUGGACUGAUAUACGGUAACAAGAACAAAACUAAACAGUCUGAAGAAUAGAUUUGCGAGGAUUCGAUGUCUUUCUGUAAGUUAUAGCUGGCAUAAUGCUCAGGGAAUUGUAAUCCCUUUUGGAGUUACUGAUGCUCAUUGGCGUAUAGGAGUUUUUAUACUUGUACUUCUGAACUUGAAUAUUUUCUUUAAUGGGGGUGAAUAAUUAUCUAUACCUAGAAAUGAAGAUCGUGUAAGCUUUAUGUUUGUGUUGAUAUGGUGUAGCAUCUUUUUUGUAUUCAAGGUGAGGUUCUUGAAUGACGUCAUAUCUACUGUUUUAUCAGCAUGAUGUUUUUAUUUC